AGGAGGAGUGCUUUUGCGACACUGCCGGCAGCGCGGAGGGGCUGGUAUGGGGGCGGGUGUCUGUGUAGAGGCACUCGGAAGGGACCUAUAUCGCUGUGGCACCGCGGGGACUCUUUGAGAGGACGGGUGUCAGUGUGGCACCGGUGCACGCUGAAGGAGCCGGUGGAACCGGGUGGCCAUGGGGAUGUCGGCGUCGCUGGACGCCAUGUGGGAGAUGCCCGCCGAGAAGCGUAUCUUCGGGGCGGUGUUGCUCUUUUCCUGGACAGUGUAUCUUUGGGAGACCUUCCUAGCACAGCGGCAGAGAAGAAUAUAUAAAACAACAACUCGUGUACCCCCGGAGUUAGGACAGAUCAUGGAUGCUGAAACAUUUGAGAAAUCUCGACUGUAUCAACUGGAUAAAAGUACUUUCAGCUUCUGGUCAGGACUGUAUUCAGAAGUUGAAGGCACUCUUAUUCUUCUCUUUGGAGGAAUCCCUUACCUCUGGAGACUUUCUGGACGAUUCUGUGGUUAUGCUGGCUUUGGACCAGAAUAUGAGAUCACUCAAUCCUUGGUGUUUCUGCUGUUGGCUACACUUUUCAGUGCAUUGACUGGUUUGCCAUGGAGUCUUUAUAAUACAUUUGUGAUAGAAGAAAAACAUGGUUUCAACCAUCAGACUUUGGAGUUUUUUAUGAAAGAUGCAAUCAAGAAAUUUAUUGUGACUCAGUGUAUUUUAUUGCCUGUGUCUUCACUUCUGCUUUACAUUAUUAAAAUUGGAGGUGACUAUUUUUUUAUAUAUGCCUGGCUCUUCACAUUAGUUGUUUCUCUGGUUCUAGUCACAAUCUAUGCUGAUUAUAUUGCCCCCUUAUUUGACAAAUUCACACCUCUGCCUGAGGGAAAGCUUAAACAAGAAAUUGAAGUAAUGGCAAAGAAUAUUGACUUUCCUUUGACUAAGGUGUAUGUUGUUGAAGGAUCUAAACGCUCUUCCCACAGCAAUGCUUAUUUUUAUGGCUUCUUCAAGAACAAGCGAAUAGUUUUGUUUGACACUCUACUAGAAGAGUACUCUGUACUAAACAAAGACAUCCAGGAGGAGUCUGGCAUGGAACCCCGCAAUGAUGGAGAAGGGGACAGUGAAGAAAUAAAAGCUAAAGUUAAAAAUAAGAAACAAGGAUGUAAAAAUGAGGAGGUGCUUGCUGUACUAGGCCAUGAAUUGGGGCAUUGGAAGUUGGGACACACAGUCAAAAAUAUCAUUAUUAGCCAGAUGAAUUCUUUCCUGUGUUUUUUCUUAUUUGCUGUAUUAAUUGGUCGAAAGGAACUUUUUGCUGCAUUUGGUUUUUAUGACUGCCAGCCCACUCUAAUUGGACUAUUGAUCAUCUUCCAGUUUAUUUUUUCACCUUACAAUGAGGUUCUUUCUUUUUGUCUAACAGUCCUAAGUCGCAGAUUUGAGUUUCAAGCUGAUGCAUUUGCCAAGAAACUUGGGAAAGCUAAAGACUUAUAUUCUGCUUUGAUCAAACUAAACAAAGAUAACUUGGGAUUCCCUGUUUCUGACUGGUUGUUUUCAAUGUGGCAUUAUUCUCAUCCUCCACUACUAGAAAGACUUCAAGCUUUGAGAAGUACAAAACAAGACUGAGAUGCUCAGGGUCUAUGACUGAAGACAUUUUUCAUUAUUUCUGUCCUGGCAGCAUGUUCCAGCUCUUGAUGUUUUUAAACUUUUUUUUUUUUUAAGAAAAAUGAUUAAGUACAGAAGAUUUAAAUACAUUUACUAUCCCAUUUCAAAAAUGAUUUAAAUAAUCCAUUUCUUAAAGGAAACACUGGAUAAAAUUUUGAGGCUGAAUAUUUUUAAAGGCAUAGUUUUAUCUUCAACAUCUGAUUCACCAUCAGUUUGUAAAAUUAUUUAAGAAAAUACAGACCUUGUUUUAUUUAUACACUUAUAUUUAAUCUGCCUGCAAGGUAAUAGGGCCAUUUAAAAGAGGGAACAUUACUAUUGAGUUCUGUGAGGCAGAAAUCAUUGUGCUCAUGCCUAAGUUGAAACUUGUUUUUUACCUUCAUGCUGUUAUAAUUUAACCUGGCCAAUCAGUGUUUUAAAUAAGAAAGAAAGAUAAUAGUUGGUAAGGCUAAUAUUAUUUAAUGAAAGUUGUUAGAAAUAUGCUGUAUGGUUCUCCAAAUUUCAAAUUUCUGUUCCCUCUCUUUGGUGCACACUGAUCAGGAAUUUCUAAUAUUGUUUUGAAAUUAGAAAUUAUGUAUAGGAUGUUUUAAAUCAUUGAGUUUUGUUUUUGUUUUUUAAAAAAUGACAAUUUUUAUCUUUCCUUCCACCUGGUGGGUGUGGUAGGUAAACUAGAUUUUUCUCAUUCAUUCAGUCAUUUUCUUGUAGUUAAUUAAACAAUGCUUCCUUCCACAUAGCAAAAAUUGAACAGAUUUUGCAAUAUUAAAAGUGGCAGAACAGGGAAAAAAGAAUAACAUCUUAAGAGAUAUACGAGUGAUAUACUGAUGAUUCUCUUACAAUAUUAUAGGAAAAAUAUAGUUUUCUAUCUUUCAAGGACAGAAGAGUUUCCAUUUUUAUUUUUGUAAUUUUUAUCUGUAAUCCUAAGUACUAUUUAAUUAGGCCUGAUUCCAAUUUUGAAAAUUAUAGUUCUUAUUAUAUAGGUAACGUUUUCCAUCAAAACAAAUGUCAUGAAUGAUUUCCAGUUUUAAAAGCUGUAGGUUUGACUGCUUCAAAUCUCUGUCCACUUUUUGAAUGAGAACUUAUUUUGUGCCUGACGUUCCCACUCACUGAUAAUGUUUACCUUCUGGGCAUUUAUUCCAAAGUGGGACGGACUGAGUACCUUUGGUGUCUGGCCAUAAAGUCAUUUGCUCAGCUGACAUUUGAGUGAUGUCUUCUUCACAUGGAAAUAUAAUAAAAAUAAAAAUCUAGUUUAGUACUGUAUUAUUAUUUUCCUAUAGCUAAAGCACAGCUGUCCUGUGUUUUUUAUCCAGCAUCCUUUUCCUGUGACUUCAUGCUCUGAAAACUGCCUUUCCUUCCUUCUGUGCCUUUAAAUACAAUUUUCAGUUCUGCACAAGUGAAACAUUAAAAAUUGCAAUGCAGAUUUA